AUGAGUCUUUUGCGCGCUUCCCGCUCACAUGAUUCUGCGCCCGAUGAUCAUCUGAAGAAGACUCUCGACGAAUUCAAGGCUACCAUCCGUCCAUCCUCUUGGGAUUCACUGAACUCAGCAUGGGCAAAUGUACAGCAGCUACACCAGCUUCUUGGAGAACAGAUUGAACUCGUUGGCUACAUCGGUACAAGACGGGAUGUCAGCCAAAAGCUCUCAUUCACCAUGCUCCGAAAUAAAAACCAAACAUUGGUUAUUCAACUUAUCUCAGGGGAAGAGGACGGUGAACUCAGUACAGUAGAUGCACAUGCCUGUUUACGAUCGUUGAAAGAGUGGACUCCUGUUCUUGUAAGAGGAAGGCUCAAGGAGCGUCCACUAGCCAGGCACAAGUUCGUCGACGGCAUCAAGUUGAUCGAUGCUCGCGAGAUUGUUGUGCAGCACGUGCAGCCCCUCAACGACAUUUCCGAAGACAUCAUCGUCAAGAAUGACACAGUGUUUGGUCCAGACCAACGCCAUCUGCAGCUUCGUACAAACAAAGAAUUGCGCGAGGAUAUCUUUACGCGGGCGAAAGCCAUGUCGCGGGCAAGAUUGCACCUUAACUCGGGGCAAUGGAGGGAGAUUGAGACGCCCAUACUUUUCAAGUCGACACCUGAGGGCGCAAGAGAGUUCCUCGUACCAACACGACAGAAGGGCCUAGCAUACGCAUUACCACAAAGUCCACAGCAAUAUAAGCAAAUCUUAAUGGCGUCUGGCAUCACAAAAUACUAUCAGUUCGCUCGGUGUUUUCGAGACGAGGAUUUGAGGGCUGAUAGGCAGCCAGAAUUCACCCAGCUCGAUAUGGAGAUGUCCUUCGCUAACGAAGAAGAUGUCAUGAACGAAACUGAGAACCUUCUCAGACAACUCUGGUACAGAGUUCUAAAGCAAAAGACACCAGAAAAAUUCCAGCGGAUGAAAUAUCAGACUGCGAUGGCUCACUACGGAUCUGAUAAACCGGAUCUACGCUACGAAUCAAAGAUACAUACCAUCACUGAACAUCUGACACCAGAUUUGAUAGGAAAAAUCACCUCGCUACAGGAUCCGGCAGUCGAUGCUAUCAAGAUUUCAAUAUCUGAAGAUCCCAAGGUUACCCGCAAAUUCGUUUCCAGCUUCCUCGACAGUCCAGAUGGGAAGGUAUAUCUGGACAAUCCGGACGGCCAACCAGGUAUCUUCAUCGGGGAUCUGUCGCAGCCCAUGCAAGGUCUCGGACCUUUAGGCCGCCAGUACGAGAUGGAAGGUCCCGAAUCUCUGAAGCCAGAGAACGGGGACCUUCUCAUUCUUCAAGCGCGUCCCAAUGUGCCAUUCUCUGAUCCUUCUUCCGCGGUAGCAGCGCACUACGACAUUGUCCUCAACGGCGUAGAACUUGGUGGCGGUAGUCGCCGUAUUCACUCCGCCGCUAUGCAAGAAUUCAUCUUCAAGGACAUUCUCAAGAUGAAACCUGAGCGUGUAGAGGACUUCAGACAUCUGCUCGACGUAUUGAGGAGCGGAUGUCCACCCCAUGCAGGUAUUGCGCUGGGAUGGGAUAGGCUGAUGGCCGUCAUGUGUGGACGGGAGAGUGUGAGGGACGUCAUUGCUUUCCCGAAAAGUGGGCGAGGCGAGGAUAUAGCCACCAUUCUUUUCCCUACUGCCAUUAUGGAACAGCCCGAGUUCCAGAUACCGGAAGAAUAUGCAUCAAAAGUGACCCGAGUCGAGUCCAAGGACAAGCGAACAGAUGCUGAGAUCUUAAAAACCUUGAUGACGCAUGCGCCCAUCACUUCUGAGAAGAAUAUCUGGACCUACUGGCAUGCCGGCGUCCAGAACAUGCCCAAGUGGACACAACGCAACAUCAUCAACUGGGUGCGCCUCCAUGGCCCCGAAUGGACAGUUCGCGUACUCGACACAGUACCAGACUCACCGAAUCACGCAUUGACUUGGAUCGCGACUGAAGAUCUUCCGCAAGCAUUUGUAAAGGGUACGAUGACGGGUCCAUACGUAGGGCCUCAUAGCGCCGACUUUCUGCGUGGCGCAGCACUGUACACGUACGGCGGAGUAUGGAUGGACGUUGGAUGUAUCCUUUUCCGCCACCUCGAUAGCGUAUGUUGGGCCCGGCUUGUGGACGACACAAGUCCAUUUAGCGUUGCUGCGCCACUGAUAUACGGACAAUUUAUUGCGAAUCACAUCGUGGCAUCUCGCAAAGGCGACGAGUUCAUCAGGAAUUGGCAUCUGAUCUUCUUGGAGCUAUGGAAAGGACGCACAGACUAUUCCGGCGUAUGUCAGUCGCCCCUGAUUAACUUCAUCCAAAAGUUGGAUUUUGAGGAACUGGCCGAGGCGGGGUAUAGGUGGGAUUGGAAAUUGGAUGUGCAAACCAUCAUUGGAUACAUUGGACAAGUCUUCGCCUGGAUGCGUUUGACAUGGCUGCAGGAGCCCGAUGGCGGCUUCGAUGGCGUCAACUACUGGGCUAAGAAAGUCUUACUGUGGAACGCGCUUCCUGAAGACUUCCCUGCUGAGACAACCAUUGGAUUCGAUGGCGCGGAUAUUCUCAGAUUCUUUGCUGCCAGACUAGACGCUGAUGGAGAUGACGCAGGACAUGAGAAGGCGAAGAACGCAGCAUGGAACAUGAUAGCGCAGAGUGUGAUGCAAAAGAUCACUCAUGGUAAGGAGCUGUGCCAUAAGCCUCAUUGUGGUACGUUGCUUGACCUUCCGGAAAAUGAAGGUAAGGAUAUGGCGCCCGGCACUUUCGGAGAGCUGCUGCGCUACGGGAGUGUGCACUUGGAACAGACGAGAGAGAUGCAAUACAUCGAGGCAGCUGUUGUUGAGUCCGAGUUGAUACUUCGGAAAGGACUCCUAGAGGUGUGA